GUAUCCAUUAGAGAGGAAGGUGUACGUGGUCUAGCCAAAGGUUGGGCUCCCACAUGUAUUGGCUAUUCCAUGCAAGGCAUCUGCAAGUUUGGUUUCUAUGAAGUAUUCAAGAUAUUGUAUGGCAACUUUAUUGGUGAAGAGAAUUCAUACCUCUACCGUACUUCUCUCUACCUGGCUGCUUCAGCUUCUGCAGAGUUCUUUGCUGAUAUUGCACUUUCUCCAAUGGAAGCAAUCAAGGUGCGUAUCCAGACCCAGCCUGGCUUUGCGUCAACUCUGCGUAGUGCAGCUCCUAUUAUAUAUGGCCAGGAAGGCUUGUGGGGCUUCUAUAAGGGUGUAGUCCCUCUGUGGAUGCGACAGAUUCCAUACACUAUGAUGAAGUUUGCUUGCUUUGAACGUACAGUGGAAGCACUGUAUCAAUAUGUGGUACCUAAGCCUCGUGACCAGUGCAGCAAAUCUGAGCAGUUGGUGGUCACCUUUGCUGCUGGUUAUAUUGCUGGAGUGUUCUGUGCUAUUGUCUCUCACCCAGCAGACACCAUUGUUUCAAAGCUCAACCAAGAUAGUGGUUCAACGGCAGUUACUGUUGCAAAGCAACUUGGCAUGAGGGGUCUGUGGAAGGGUCUCUUCCCACGUAUCAUCAUGAUUGGUACCUUGACUGCUCUUCAGUGGUUCAUUUAUGAUGCCGUCAAAGUAACCUUAGGACUGCCUCGUCCACCACCACCAUCAAUGCCAGAAUCACUCAGAUUGAAGCUCGAGGCAAAGCAAGCAUGAGGUGUUCCUUCAGCAUUCCAUAUUUGACUCCCACAUUUUAAAAAUCUCAGACCUAAUGUGAAUUGAACAUUAUACUUAGACUUGAAAAAAAAAAUAUUAGGUUUAUGGAAGUCUAAUCCUAAUCAAGGCUUUUUCAUGGCCCGAUUCCAAACAUUUCAUCUCGACUAUUGAAAUUAUUGAGUAGGUAAUAUCUUGCUCUAUAAUUUGGUAAGCUGCCGUGCAGAAUGCUUUCGACAUAAGAUAUAUGAUAUCUUAUCCAUGUAACUUCUGCACAGUAGCAGGAAACAAGUUAAAAUUUAACAGUGGCAAGAUUUUAGUACAUGUUUGUCUGGAAUAAAAAACUUAGGUUAUUUUUAUCCUAAACUGUAUUUAUACAUUUCUGAAUGUGUCAUGUACAUAGUAAGAUACAAUUGUAUAAAAUUAAAAUAAAACUAAACAGUAAGA